GAGAGGCGGAGAAAAGAGUAAGAGAAAAGCAACACGGGCAGAUAUAGCAACGCACGCAGGGAGAACGCAGGCUUCGUGCAGAGGAUGAGCGAGGAAACGGGUCUGCUGGGAGUCUCCUGUGUGAUCUGAGGGGAAGCCUUGGAAGCCGUCCAGCCGUCGUCCGCCCGAAAAUGUCUGACUUUGAGGACUUCAGCCGGCCGGGAGGGCUGGCGAACGCUUCCGAAACCUACCAGCUGAACCCGACCAGUGUGAUCGUGUCGGUGGUUUUCUCCCUCAUCUUCCUGCUGGGCACCGUGGGCAACAGCCUGGUGCUGGCCGUGCUGCUGCGGAGCGGCCAGGUGGGAUACAACACGACCAAUCUGUUCAUACUCAACCUGAGCGUGGCCGACUUCUCCUUCAUCAUCUUCUGCGUUCCUUUCCAAGCCACCAUCUACUCCCUGGAGGGCUGGGUGUUCGGCUCCUUCAUGUGCAAAGUGGUCCACUUCUUCAUCAACCUCACCAUGUACGCCAGCAGCUUCACGCUGGCUGCGGUCUCUGUCGACAGGUACCUGGCCAUCCGCUACCCGCUGCGCUCCAGGGAGCUGCGCACUCCGUGCAACGCGGUGGUUGCCAUGGUGAUCAUCUGGGGUCUCUCCCUGGUCUUUGCCGGUCCUUACCUCAGCUACUACGACCUGUUCGACUACGGCAACAGCACCGUGUGCAUCCCCGGCUGGGAGGAGCAGAACCGCAAGGUGCUGGACACGUGCACCUUCCUGUCCGGCUACGUCGCCCCCGUGCUGAUCGUCAGCCUCUCCUACACCCGCACCAUCAAGUACCUGUGGACGGCCGUCGACCCUCUGGACGGCAUGUCGGAGUCCAAGAGGGCCAAACGCAAGGUCACCAAAAUGAUCAUCAUCGUCACGGUGCUCUUCUGCAUCUGCUGGCUGCCGUACCACGUGGUGAUCCUGUGCUACCACUACGGCGACUUCCCGUUCAACCAGACCACGUACGCCUUCAGGCUUCUCUCGCACUGCAUGGCCUACGCCAACUCCUGCGUCAACCCCAUCGUGUACGCCCUGGUGUCCAAGCACUUCCGCAAAGGCUUCAAGAAAGUGUUCAGCUGCAUCCUCAGCAAAAAGAGGAGGAACAAGGUCCACGUGGUCCACGUGGCCAACACCGCGCCCGGGUUCGAGGCGGGAUCCACGGAGGUGUCGCAGAUGAACGAGGAGCACGCGCGACAGAACGAGUGCGAAAUGAUAAACAGGCGGAUCGGGGAGCCGAGGGAAGCCACGGUGGCGCUGAAUUCGCCCUUUCGGAGGCCGUCUCCUCGCGUGGGAGAAUGAGAUGAACUCUCAUCGCGGCAGCUUUGCCGGCCAAUGGGAGGUGAGAUAAAAUGAAGGAUAUUCGCGCAGAUAAGUUCAGUUGAUAGUCCACAGCCCGAACACGUGUCAGCUUCACCAUCUGUCAAAUACUCUCGCACAUACUGUUCCACUGACAGAUAAAUGUCUCCGUUUCCACCGUUUGCCUUAAUUCUGGCCGCAGGCCUGGAGCGCACUCAAAGGUCCGGUGUGUGGGACGAUCUCAUCUAGCAGUGACGUUCCAGCUGAACACCAGCGGGCUCAACUGGAACCGGGCCUUCGGGCGGGAAACGGCACAUGAACCUCCGCGGAUAAACAACCCUGCCCGCCUCCGUGUCGGCAGCACACCAACGCACAUCCAAGCCACUCAAUGGAGCUCCUCCGGUGGGCCGAGGGAAUGAAGUCUGCGGGCGUUUUGAUGACCUUUUCUGCAAAUGGAGCAUCAAUGCAUUUUCUUUCUCUUCUGCUAAAUUGUGGACCGGGUUACGAUUGGCUGAUGAGAGCCGGGGGGGCGGGAUCGAGCGCAGGCCUGCAGGUGCGGCGCCGUCGACUGUGACUGCUGUUGGUCACCGACAGCAAAAACACAAACGGAGGCAGCGAGACGAGAGGCAGACUUUACCUGUAGGAGGAUGAAGGACUGUGUGAAGAGGAGCCGCUCCAUAGCUUAGCUAAUCAUGUGGUAAUGAAAACAUAUUGGUGAACAUUGCAUUGUAUUGAACAUACCGUUUUUUCAGCUUUGGAAAAUGAUUGUAGCACUUUUUAAAAGCAGCAUAGAAUGUGUUUGUUUCACCUUUCCAAACGUCGGUGACUAUUUUCUGUCCAAGUGGACCUCGCACAGGUUGAUACACAGCUUCAGGGUCAUUGACUCGUCCGUGUCUUUUGAAACUUGCAUGCAGAUGAUGUUCUGUCGCGUUAAGAUGUUACCGCUAUAUUUGAAUGAUAUGUUAUAACAUACAAACAAAUGAUAUUAUGAAUAUCUGUGCAAACGUAAUGUUCAGUCAUAUUUCAUCGGCAUACCAGCAUUCAAGGAUCAGAAUCAGACAAAAAGUAUAUUAGUUUUAGUAAAAAUGGAACCGGACACAUUUUCCUGCUUAACUUGGCUUUUGCAAUGAUUGUAAUCAAGGCAUGUGAAAUAUUAUAUACAUUUAAAUUGCUAUUAUCUUUAUCAAAGAGUGCACUUAAACAAUUUGGGGUUGUGUGUUUUGUGUAUUUAAAAGCUGUGAAAUGGUGAUAAUUAUUCCCAUGUUUGUUUCAUUUCUCCCUCCCGAUGGAGGCAGAGCGUCCACCUCGCUCUCUGCGAGCUCGUGUCCCACGUCAGAGCUGUUUAAAGAAAAACCUUGUGGUCCUUUUAUCCGUGUUCUGCUCAGAUUGCGUAAAACGCAAUUUUCCUCUUGAGAAACUCAUUUCCAGAAAGAAUAUCCUCCUUUGCAGUGACCAAUUGUUAUGAGAUUGUUUCUGUGUUUUUGCCUGUUUAAAGUAGCUAUUUCCUCUGUUCACUAUGUAGACCUUUCCCACAUAACAACCUGUAUACAUACAUAUAUAAAUAUAUAUUUAUCAAAAUGCGUAACACAACAUAUUAUACACUUACAUGAACAAAUAAAAUAUUUUCUGCUGUGA